AUGGAGGAGGAGAAGAAGAAGAGCAGAGUUUUGAUCAUCGGGGCAACUGGAAGAUUAGGGCAAUGUAUGACCCGUUUCAGCAUCGAAUCGGGUCACCCGACUUUCGCCCUCAUCAGAAACUCCACUCUCUCCGAUCCUUCCAAGUCCCCUAAGCUGCAAUCUCUCUCCGGCGCCGGCGUGACUCUCCUCAAUGGUUCAUUGGAGGAUGAGGGAAGCUUAGAAGAAGCAGUGAGGAAAGUAGAUGUGGUGAUCUCUGCGAUUCCAUCAAAACAUGUUCUUGAUCAGAAACUCCUCAUCAAAGUCAUCAAACGAGCUGGAUCCAUCAAGAGGUUUGUUCCUGCUGAAUAUGGAGCAGAUCCGGAUAAAACACAAGUCUCGGAUCUCGAUCACGGGUUCUACGCGAAGAAAUCUGAGAUCAAGCGUCUGAUUGAAUCCGAGGGGAUUCCUCAUACAUACAUUUGCUGCGGAUUGUUCAUGAGAAUUCUACUUCCAUCGCUUGCGCAACCGGGGCUUGACUCGCCUCCGAUCGACAAAGUCACCGUUUUUGGAGAUGGAAACGUUAAAGGUUUCACCUUUUUGCUCAAUUCCAUAACUUUCAAGUUUUUGAAAACAUACGAAUCUCAUGGUCUGAAGGUUUCUUGUUUUUUCUGUUCUGUGUGUGUUUUGGUAGCUGUUUUCGUGAAUGAAGUUGAUGCUGCAGCAUUCACCAUCAAAACGAUAGAUGAUCCUCGAACACUUAAUAAAACCUUGUACCUUAGACCGCCCGGAAACGUGUGCUCCAUGAAUGAUCUUGUUGAGCUCUGGGAGGGAAAGAUUGAGAAGAAGCUAGUGAAAACUUUUGUUACAGAAAAUCAACUUCUCAAGAAGAUCAAAGAGACUCCAUAUCCGGAUAACAUGGAGAUGGUCUUCAUAUACUCUGUCUUUGUCAAAGGAGAUCACACAUACUUCGACAUUGAGUCUUCUGGUGGAGUGAGUGGUACUGAGCUUUACCCUGAUGUCAAAUACAUGACCGUGAGCGAGUUUCUUGAUACUCUUCUCUAG